AUGGCGACUUACGCCAACUUGGGUGCUGCUGGCAGCCCCUUGCGCCAGAUAACAGGACUGAAGUAUGUGAUCACUGCUACCAUGGAGGAACCCCUGUCCCCGCCAGCCCAGGGGUCGCCCGAGGAGGUGCCCCCCGGUGACGGCGAGAAUGAGCCUGCCUUCAACGGGGAGCUGGACCUGCAGCGCUACUUCAAUGGGCCGGAGCUGGGGGUGGCCCCCGGGACCGGGCGCAAGGCUCGGCCGUUCCCCUGCGCCGUGUGCGGGAAGCGAUUCCGCUUCAACAGCAUCCUGGCCCUGCACACCCGCAUCCAUGCUGGCGAGACCCCCUUCUUCACCUGCCCCUACUGCGGCCACCGGGCUGCCCAGCGCAGCCUCCUGCGUCUCCACCUGCGCUCCCACCCCCCCAAUGCCCACUCCCCCCUCAGCCACCAGAGCCGCCUGGUGCUGGAGCUGGAGGAGCGGGCACUGCUGCGGCGGGGCCCAUCAGCUGCCAGCGAGGCCCAGGAAGGCGAGCUGCAGCGGCACGGGCAGGAGGCUCAUGGGGCUCCCCAGGCACCGGCCCCCGCGCCCUCACCUCCUGCGGCUCCUGCUCCAGCUCCGGCGCCGGCGCCAGCACCUGCUGAGUUUCGGUGCCAGGUGUGUGGGCAAGCCUUCACCCAGUCGUGGUUCCUCAAGGGCCACAUGCGCAAGCACAAAGACUCUUUCGAUCACAAGUGCCCCGUGUGCGCCCGCUGCUUCAAGGAGCCGUGGUUCCUCAAGAACCACAUGAAGGUGCACCUCAGCAAGCUGGGCCUCAAGGGCGAGCGGGGAGCCGUGCCGGAGGUGCCGGGGGGGCUGCUGCUGGGCUACGAGGCGCUCUACCCCACCUUCCUGCCACCUGUUACUGCUGACAAGGCUGAGGCCAGCUCCUUCCUUGGCUACGUCGAGCUGCGCCCGCCAGGUGAUGCCAGCUGUGCUGAGCGGCUUCACGCCACUGCCCGGGCAGUGGAAAGCAGUCAAGAAGCGGCAGCCCAGAUGUGGGGGGAGCGGGAGCGCCAGUGGCGCCCCAGGGGCAAGGAGGCAGGGAAGGAGGGCAGCCCUGGUGUGGACCGGGGACACCGCUGCCCAGAUUGUGCCCGAGCCUUUGCCAGCCACCAGCAGAUGGCUCUGCACAGCCGGAGCCACCAGGACGGGGAGUGGGCCAGGGGCCAGGUGCUGGGAGCACUGGCCUCACUCCAUGCUGCGGCGGGACAUGGGCUCGCCACGGACAGCAGGGGCGCCUCCAGCAUGGGGACAGCCGGGGCUACGGCCCUGCCCAGCCCAGGGAAACAGGGCGAGCGUCCGUACAAGUGUCCCCACUGUGACUACGCCGGCACACAGUCCGGCUCCCUCAAGUACCACCUGCAGCGCCACCACCGAGAGCAGAAGAGUGCCAAUGCUAGCGCUGGUGGGCCCCCAGAGCUACGGGGCCGUGCCACAGCCAAGGCAUCGCCCUACCUGCCCCUGCAAGCAGCUGACAAGUACCAGGGCAUCUUUCUGCCACAGGCCUGGGGUGCCAGUCAUGAGCGCGGUGGCCGGAAAGGUGCCUGCGCUAACCCAGUGCUACGGAACGGUAGGGCCGACUUUGAGCCGCUGGACCUCUCGCUGCGGCCGGCGCUGGAGGGCGCGUCCACUCUGCAUCGCUGCCUCUUCUGCCCUUUUGCCACCUCGGCACCUGAGCUGAUGGCCCUGCACCUCCAGGUGCAUCACAGCCGCAAGGCCCGAGGGCGCCGCCCCACUGUAGCGCCCUCCUCCAGGUCCUGUGCCCACGAGGAGGUCAACAGUGAGCUAGGACUGCCCACUGAGGGGUCAGCGCUCCUGGGCCCCCCCAGCUCGGGGGGGGACGAGGAACAGCUCCUGAAGCAUCCCGAUGAGGGACCGGGACUUGGGGAAGAGCCACCAAGUGCCACACACCGAGGGGAAACCCCACCAUCCCACAGAGCCCCCCUAGCCAUGGGACCAGGCGAGACGCAGGAAGAGCAGGGGCCGGGACAGGCUUGAGGCUGGGCUGAGUGAUGGAGCGGUGAGCAGGGGGUCCUGCUGCCCUUCACGAGGCCUAGAGACCUAGUGCCCAGGAGCAGAAGAAACCCAACCCACUCUACCCCCCAUAGGGUGCCAGGUGGAGGCAGGGGCCAUAGUGUAGAGGUUAAACUAACAGCAGUCAGGCAGGGAGGGGAGCUCUCUAGGAGAAAGGUAGAGGAGUGCCAGGGCAGCAAUGAGCUAUGGGGAGAGGGGAGAGCCCCAGAAAGGCAUACCCAGGGCCAUGGGGGAGUCCAGCGUUUGGGGUAGAGUCCCCCAUACCUCCUGGACCUCUCCAGCCUGGCUGGCUCGCGGGGGCUGUUCCCGGGUGCUCUGCGCCCUGCCCCUGCAGGGGGGUUUGCCCCCAGGAGCUGCAUUUUAUUGUUCUGGUGUCUAUAACUGAUUCUGUUGUUGAUACCAGUGUUUCUGGCACCAGGAAUGGGCAGGUCAUGGGUCCAUGCAUCUCCAAGCUGUGGGCUCAUAGGUGCACCAGGCCUCCUGUGCACAGACAGACCUGUACAGGAGCACCCGGGCCAUGGGAUGAGUGUCUGUGGUCUCUAUGCCACAGGAAGGGGUCCAUCUGGGGAUACGUGGCAUGAAGAAGGGGUCUGUCUCAGGCCUCUGUGCCACAGGACGGGGUGUGCCUGCGGUUUCCGUGACAUGGGUGCGUGUCCACCCGUGGAAUUCAUGCUGCAGUGUGGUCUCUGUGGCAAUCAGUGCUAUGGUCUCAACUCCAUGAUCAGCAGGGCCAUGGCCUCAUCCGCAUGCUGAUCAUUGCCGGGGCCUCAUUUCCAGGGCAAUGUUUGCCAUAGCGGUCACCGUGAUGAUUGGUGUGGUCCCCCCCACCACAACGCCAAUCCAUGCCAUGACCUUGUCUCCAUGAUCACCAGUGCUCUGCUCUCAUCUCUGUGGCAAGUCGAUGCCGGGGCCUUGUCUCUGUGAAGAUAGUUGCCUUGACGAUCUGUAGAGUUCUCUAUUUUUUUUAUUCUUUUCUUGUAGAAAAGUUGAAACUGGAAAUAAAGAUA